AUGAUGGCCCCACGAUAUACGUCCGACAUCGACGCCGCCCGGUUAACAGUUGUACGGAGCCUUGAGAAUAUUCAAAAGGCACUUCCCGACAACCGGCGGAGGAGUACUCAGAGCAUUUCCGCUGCAUUAGCUUUCGAGCUUGGAGGAAACAAUAGCGGUAGUAGCACGGUAGUAACACCAAUCAGCCGACGGGGGCAGAUAGUUGCGAAAGAUGACGAUGAUGCAUGGAAGAAGCAUCUCCGUCCUAGUGAGAUCAUGGCGCUUGAGGACCAGCUCGAGGUUUUACAACAGGACAUACGGGAUCUCAAUAAUAUACACGCGCGACAUGUACAGAGCUCGCGACAACAGUGGCGGUACGCUCAAGCUGAGGAAGAACAAGCUUCCCAACGGCACAAGCUCAGGAGGGUUGGUGAAGCUGCCGUGCUACCCCAGGUCAACUGUCAACAAUCCACUAGUCCCCCCUCCUCCAGCUCCCCAGACGUGCGGAUUCCAACAGCUGACAAAGACACACGGUUGCUUUACCCCUCCUCGAGCUCUUCAAAUGGGAAGACCCAAAAGCAGCAACAGAAAAAUCAAUCAGCAAUGGACAGGCGGCCGCCUAUGCAGAGACCCGUGAGCUCGAGGGAUAUUCGCCCCGUUAACACGAAGACAAAUUUACAUUCGGGGAGUCACCUAUCAAAAGCUGCUACAGGUCCCCGAUAUCAGGCUACUACGCCUGAGGUCAUAUCACCUACAUCAUCGGCCAACGUGUCCUCCAGCCUUGUUGAGGAAGUGCAACAUUACAACCAAUACAAUGCAAGGACCGCGAAUAGAAGGUCAAUAGCUGGCGAGAGCUCAAUUGGAUCAGAGAGUAGCCAUGGAAACCGCCGAAGCUCUAUGUCAACUGGGGUAAGACGGCGUAGCAUUGGGGAGAGGAAAGUCCGAUUUGUCGAAGAAAGUAUACGGGGAUUUCAAGAACAGACGAAGGGAGUAGCUAGGGAGACGGAUAACAGUCGGGUUCAAAAUUCAUUGGACGUGACGUCAUCUUGGGGAGAAAACAAUCCGGGGCUAUUUGAUACUCAUUCACUAUCCACCGACGGCGACGGAGAAUCAUCUUCACGAGCUUCUACAAGCUCUCGGAAUCAAAUCGACGACACACUGGCCGAAAGUCAAUCAACGGUGGAGCUUCAAACACAUGGUUCUAUUGAAGUUGAAAAGGCGACGAUGACAGUGAGUACAAGGGAUUUAAUAGUGAGAUUUUUCUCCAGGAAGAGCAGAGGAAAGGGUUCUACGUCUUCGAGGGGCUCUACGUCAUCGAGCGGACAGUCUACGUCCUCAAAGUGGGGUUCUUCAUCCUCGAGGAGUAGUGUAUCUAAACAGAUCAAUCCUCCGGUGAGCGGUCCGAUAGUGGCUGUGAAUGGGGUCAAAUCCAGUGCCUUUUCAUCUUUCCCAAAUCCCGCCAGGAGCAAUCUCAAUAGUACCUCUCGGCCUCGAGAAAAUUCGGCAACGAGCACACCAAUCAGAAGCUUAUUAAGGAAACACUCGGUGAGCUUGUUGAACAAAUUCACUGGGAAGGACGGUAAAGCCACUGUCACACCAUUGGGAGUGGUUUCAGAGGGGGCCCUGGCUCAGACUGGGCCGACAUGCGUUGUCUGUCUUGAGGAGUUUGACAGAAAUUCCGUGAUCCAAAUUCCCGCAGAAUGCUUGCAUUCUUAUUGCAAAGGGUGCUUAAAAAUUCUAUUUACCCGUGCUCUGGAUGAUCCCCACGGCUCAUUCCCGGUCAAGUGUUGCGGAACAACCACAAUCGACGUCUCCGUGGCGGGUGCUCUAUUGGGUGCGAAUAAAAUUGCGCGUUAUAAUGAACUGAUGCUUGAAUACGAAACGGCCGAUAAAACCUACUGCUACAACAAGCGUUGCAGCACAUUUAUCCCGCCAGCAAACAUCCAACUGAACGAUGCAAAAUGUCGAAAAUGCCGGCGGUAUGGAGCUGGAAAAAACAUUGGAUGGGUGCAGUGUCACAGAUGUCAACACCUAGUAGAGAAGUCAUAUGGGUGUGAGCAUAUUACCUGUCAAUGUAAAGCGGAGUUCUGCUAUAAAUGCGGUAAAGAGUGGAAAAUAUGUUUGAAGGCACGGACUUGCAGGCUGGAGUAA